CCCUCCAAAACCUCCCGCCUCACAACCGUCAAGGCCCUCCUCUUCGACGUCUUCGGCACAGUCGUCGACUGGCGCUCCUCCGUGACAGACGAGCUCUCCCUGCGCAUCUUCCGCAAGCAGUCCUCCUCCUCCUCCUCCUCCCCCUCAUCAUCAUCAUCAUCAUCCCUCCCCCCAGCCCUAAAGUCUCGGCUUGAAUCCCUCACGCAGAGCGACUGGGACCGCUUCGUGCAGGAGUGGCGGGACUCGUACAUUGCCUUUACGAGGGACUUCAACGCCGCCACGGACGAGUGGAAGAGCAUUGACGAGCAUCACCGGGAGAGCCUCGUCGAGCUUCUCAAGAAAUGGAACCUCGACGGCUUGUUCACCGAGUCGGAGAUUGAAAGCCUGAGCCUCGUCUGGCACCGCCUGAGCCCGUGGCCGGAUUCCGUGGACGGGCUGGAGGAGCUGCACAGGAGAUACACCACCGCCACGCUCUCCAACGGAAACACCAGCCUCCUGCGCGACCUGAGCGACUUUGGGGGCUUGGCCUUUGACCGCAUCUUCUCGGCCGAGACGUUCCGCGCGUACAAGCCCGAUCCGGGGACGUACCUCGGCGCCGUGCGCGCGCUGGGCUUGCGGCCCGACGAGGUCGCUCUUGUGGCGGCGCACCUGAAGGAUCUGCGGGCGGCGAGGGAGUGUGGGCUGGGAACCAUUUAUGUCGAGAGGGAUCGGGAGGAGGAAUGGGGGAGGGAGGAGGAGAGGUUCGUCGAGGCAAAGGGAUGGGUUGAUUUGUGGGUUGAGGAGGGGGAGGGCGGGUUGCUUGGUGUUGCGGAGAGGUUGCGGGCGUUG